AUGGCCACACUCGCUCCCAAAAACUUUGAGGCAGAUAAGAAAUUCGCCGAGAUCCUUCACGGGAAGGACACGUCCAAGACGGGCAUGUCGGCCUGGAUCCAAAAGAGUGCAGACGCUCAACAGGUCGCUGUCGACGGAUACUUCAAGCACUGGGAUGGAAAGACCGACCAAGAGACCGAGACGGCUCGUCUAGAGGACUACUCUAGUUUGACCAAGCACUACUACAACUUGGUCACCGAUUUCUACGAGUACGGUUGGGGAUCUUCUUUCCAUUUUUCACGCUACUACCCUGGAGAGGCCUUCAGACAAGCUACUGCCAGACAUGAACAUUACCUUGCCCUCAAGAUGGGCAUCAAAGACAAGAUGAAGGUUUUGGAUGUUGGCUGUGGAGUCGGAGGACCAGCUCGUGAGAUUUCUCGUUUCACCGGGUGCAGCGUUGUUGGUUUAAACAACAACGAUUACCAGAUCGAGCGCGCCACUCAUUACGCCAAGAAACAGGGCCUUGACCACAAGUUGAGUUUCGUCAAGGGCGAUUUCAUGCAAAUGGACUUUGAGCCUGAGUCCUUCGAUGCUGUUUAUGCCAUUGAGGCAACUGUGCACGCGCCUGUGUUGGAGGGAGUGUACGGUGAGAUCUACAAGGUGCUCAAGCCCGGUGGAGUUUUCGGUGUUUACGAAUGGGUGAUGACAGAUGCGUAUGACGAGAACAACGCGGAGCACCGCAAGAUCGCCUAUGGUAUUGAGGUUGGUGACGGAAUUCCUAAGAUGUUCAAACGCCAGGUUGCGGAGGACGCUCUUAAGAAGGUUGGGUUCCAGAUCGAGUUUGAACGCGAUCUGGCCGAUGUCGGUGACGAAAUCCCAUGGUGGUAUCCUCUCAGUGGUGACUGGCGCUACGUUCAGUCCGUUGGUGAUCUCUACACUUUCUGCAGAACCUCCAACUUUGGCAGAAAACUCACCACUGGGGCAGUUGGUUUGAUGGAAAAACUUGGAAUCGCUCCAAAGGGCUCUUCCAAGGUUACCGCCGCUCUUGAAGAUGCAGCCGUUUACUUGGUCGAGGGUGGAAGACAGAAGCUUUUCACUCCAAUGAUGUUGUAUGUCGUCAGGAAACCACUGAACUAG